AUGACUGAGAGAGAUGCUGUCCUUAAUGGUGGCUUCUUCUUCUUUGAUAAGAAGCCUUUGAUUAUGAAACCGUGGGACUCUGUUAUAAACUUUAAGAAAGAAGAUAUUCGGACAGUACCCACAUGGAUACACCUAAAUGAAUUGGAACUGAAAUACUGGGGAGAAAGAUCACUCUUCAAGAUUGUGAGUCAAAUAGGAAAGCCUUUAAUGGUGGAUCCUAUUAUCAGGGAUAGAGAUAAACUGAGCUUUCCCAGGGUGUUAAUAGAGGUUUCAGUUUCACAAGAUUUCCCUGAGUAUAUCUCAUUUGAGAAUGAGAUGGAUAUUGAAGUUUCAGAAUGGGUCAUAAUGCUCAAGGAGUGCAGGAAGAAUGUAGGAAAGAAACAAGAAUGGGUGGUCAAACAAGUUGCAAAAUUGACACCAGAUACAACUAAACAGGUUUUACCAAUUGAUAGAGAUGGGUUUAAGCCAGUUUUAAAGACUGGGAGGAGUAAGGAUAAAGCUAAGCAGUACCCAACCGUGCCUCUUAUUACUACUGUUAGUAAUGCCUUUCAAGUGUUAGUUAAUGAGGAAGGGGAAAGUUCUAUGGGAUUGGUAGAAGGGGAGAUUAAAGGAGGAGGGGGAAUUAAGGCUUCUAACUUGGGAGCUCUUUAUCUUCAUGUGUUCUCUGGGUGGUGUUUUACUUCGAAUAAUGCGUGGCAUGAGAAUGGCCGUAUUGUGGUUAGCUGGAAUCCAUUCAUGUUUAAUGUUGAUAUUCUACAAUGUUCUAGUCAGUUGAUUCAUUUAUAUGUCAGUUCAACCUCUAAUAAGGAUAGUUUCCAUGUUACUUUUGUAUAUGGUAUGAAUGAUGAGGGUGGAAGGAAUAUUCUGUGGAAAGAGUUACAGGAACUGGCUGUUACUUCUCCUUGGAUUGUUCUUGGAGAUUUUAAUGACAUUUUAUCAAAAGAGGAAAGGAUUGGUGCUUGUGUUAAGUAUAAAUCUUCUCAAACUUUUCAGAUGUGUAUUGCGGCUUGUUACUUGGAGGAUAUAAAGUAUAGUGGGAAUUUUUAUACUUGGAACAAUAAGCAGAAGGGACAAGAUAGAAUUUAUUUGAAAUUAGAUAGAAUAUUGGCUAAUCAGGCGUGGCUGAAUGCUUUCCCUGUAGCGGAGGUUCAUUUUUUGAAUGAGGGAAUUUUUGACCACUCUCCUGCUAUACUAACAGUUUACCCUGAACUGAUUUAA